UUUUCUUUAGUUAAAAGUCAUUGUUUAAUUAUUGGCAGGAAAAUACUAUAUUUGCAAUAUUGAGGAACGGGGUGUCAUUUAUAGAUUAAAGCAUAUAUAGGUUAAUUUGUAUGUUAUAGAGUUUCAAUUUUAGCAUUAUUUUAAUGGAAUUAAUUACAAGAAUUAAAUCGUAUAAUCAUUAUGGGAAAUUGCUUGAAGAUAAAUAAUUCAGAUGAUGUAUCACUAUUACGAAGUAGUGAAAACAGUAAUGGACAAGACUUUGAACAAAACGCUUCUACACCAGUGUAUUCUGAGAUCCUUCAGCCUGUUUAUUACCCGUCUCCAUCUGUAAGUCGUCCAGCAUCGAACCUAACAGAAGAGGAACAAGUAAAGAUUGCAAAGCGUAUUGGACUUAUACAGCAUUUACCAAUAGGUACAUACGAUAGUUCGAAAAAAACUAGAGAAUGUGUUAUAUGCAUGAUUGAGUUUUGCGUAAAUGAAGCUGUGCGGUAUCUGCCAUGCAUGCAUAUAUAUCACGUCCGAUGCAUUGAUGACUGGUUAAUGCGAAACCUAGUCUGCCCCAGUUGUAUGGAACCUGUUGAUGCGGCACUAUUAACUAGCUAUGAGACGACAUAACGUUAUGUAUAAUAUAAUAUUUAUCAGCUAUUUAAAAAAAAAAAAACUGUUGCAUUUGAAGUAAACAGAAACAAUUUUUUUUCUUCUAAAACUUACAUAUAAUUAAAUUAGUGACAAACUUUUAACAGGAAAGAUCGAUAGUUUGGACAUUAUUUGUACGUCUUUAAAUCAAAUGUAAUAAGAAUUGUUUUGUUAUUUAGUUUAAUAUAAUUGAAAAAUUUAUGGAUUUUAUUUUUGUGUUUGUACAAAACUAGAUAUAAUUUCGAUGGACAAUAUGCAUAAAAUUGUGAUUAAGUUAUAGAAACUGUAUGAAUAAUAAAAGCUGUCUUAAAAACUUAAUGUAUUAAUAGGAUAAUUAGGCAGUGAUGUAAUAAUUGCUUUCAAUACACUUAUCUCAGAACCACUAAGCUAAAAAACUUAAAAUGUGAAACAAUCAACGUAAAUUUUUGUCAUUUUUAAUGCUGUUAAAUUGUGUUGGAAUCAGUUUGAGUUUAGGUUAAUUUUCUGCAAUUUGUAAGAAGGUGGUUUAUUUUACUAAAAGGAAAUAU